AGCUGCUGGCUGUAAAGAAGACCCACACCUCUGCACCCCGCUCCUGGACCACCCCCUGCUGAGAAGGACAGGGAACCAAGGCCAGCAGAGCCAAGGCUCAGUCAUGAGAAGGUGUGUCCCAGUCAAGGUCAAGAUCUGUUGGGAGAUGGGUGGAGCAGCUGGGGAGUCCUGCUGGCCAGGCGGUUCCCUGACAGCAGCGAUGCUAAGAGGACUGUUGAGAACUCCUGAGUUCCGAAAAGAAUCUUCAAGAGUAUCUGAGCACAAAUUGAAGUGAUCCCUUGCAAAAUCUGUGGGGACAAGUCGUCUGGGAUCCACUACGGGGUUAUCACCUGUGAGGGCUGCAAGGGCUUCUUCCGGCGGAGCCAGCGCUGUAACGCAGCCUACUCCUGCACCCGCCAGCAGAACUGCCCCAUCGACCGCACCAGCCGAAACCGAUGCCAGCACUGCCGCCUGCAGAAAUGCCUGGCGCUGGGCAUGUCCCGAGAUGCUGUCAAGUUCGGCCGCAUGUCCAAGAAGCAGAGGGACAGCCUGCAUGCCGAAGUGCAGAAACAGCUGCAGCAGCGGCAACAGCAGCAACAGCAGCCAGCUGUCAAGACCCCUCCAGCAGGGGCCCAAGGGGCAGACACCCUCACCUACACCUUGGGGCUCCCAGAUGGGCAGCUGCCCCUGGGCUCCUCGCCUGACCUGCCCGAGGCCUCUGCCUGUCCCCCUGGCCUCCUGAGAGCCUCAGGCUCUGGGCCCUCAUGUUCCAACGAUUUGGCCAAGGCAGGGCUCAAUGGGGCCUCAUACCAUCUUGAAUACAGCCCUGAGCGGGGCAAGGCUGAGGGCAGAGAGAGCUUCUACAGCACAAGCAGCCAGCUGACCCCUGACCUGUGUGGACUUCAUUUUGAGGAACACAGGCAUCCCGGGCAUGGGGAACUGGGACGGGGCCCAGACAGCUAUGGCAGCCCCGGUUUCCGCAGCACACCGGAGGCACCCUAUGCGUCCCUGACGGAGAUAGAGCACCUGGUGCAGAGCGUCUGCAAGUCCUACCGGGAGACAUGCCAGUUGAGGCUGGAGGACCUGCUGCGGCAGCGCUCCAGUAUCUUCUCCCGGGAGGAAGUGACGGGCUACCAGAGGAAGUCCAUGUGGGAGAUGUGGGAACGCUGCGCUCACCACCUCACCGAGGCCAUUCAGUACGUGGUGGAGUUCGCCAAGAGGCUCUUGGGCUUUAUGGAGCUCUGCCAGAAUGACCAGAUUGUGCUCCUCAAAGCAGGAGCAAUGGAAGUGGUGCUGGUUAGGAUGUGCCGGGCCUACAAUGCUGACAACCACACGGUCUUCUUCGAAGGCAAAUACGGUGGCGUGGAGCUGUUCCGAGCCUUGGGCUGCAGCGAGCUCAUCAGCUCCAUCUUUGACUUCUCCCACUCCCUAAGUGCCUUGCGCCUUUCCGAGGACGAGAUUGCCCUCUACACUGCCCUUGUUCUCAUCAAUGCCAACCGGCCAGGGCUCCAAGAGAAAAGGAAAGUAGAACAGCUGCAGUACAAUCUGGAGCUGGCCUUUCAUCAUCAUCUCUGCAAGACUCAUCGCCAAAGCAUCCUGGCAAAGCUGCCGCCCAAGGGGAAGCUCCGGAGUCUGUGUAGCCAGCACGUGGAAAGGCUGCAGAUCUUCCAGCACCUCCACCCCAUCGUGGUCCAAGCCGCUUUCCCCCCACUCUACAAGGAGCUCUUCAGCACUGAAACCGAGUCACCUGUGGGGCUGUCCAAGUGACCUGAAGGAGGGACUCCUUGCCUCUCCCUAUGGCCUGCUGGCCCACCUCCCUGGACCCCAUUCCACCCUCGGCCUUUUCCUUUUCCAUGAACCCUGGAGGGUGGUCCCCACCAGCUCUUUGGGAGUGAGCAGAUGCUGCAGCUGGCUUUCUGUCUGCAGGCUGGGGCUGGCACAACACCAUCUCCUGCCUCAGCUGUGACUGUCUUGUUUCCUGUAUUCCUACACACCCAGCUUCUGGAAGGCGUGGGGUGGCUGGGAUAUAAGGACUUCUGGGGGACCAAGGCAUCCUCAAGAAAGCAGGGGCAUCCAGGGCUCCCUGGAUUGAUAGAACACAAUUCAUUCAGAAGCGCAGAAGCUAAGAAUAGGCCUUUGAAAUACCUCAUUGCAUUUCCCUCUGGGCUUCGGCUGGGGGAGAUGGAUCAAGCUCAGAGCCUGGCGGUGAGAGCCCAGGAGGACCUGUAUAAAAUGAAUCUGGAGCUUUA